CCCUCCCCCCGUGCGGAAGGUGGUGCGGCCCGGCCGGCGCGUCCCGUUGCUAGGGGCGCGGCGGGGCGGCGGCUGCCAUGGCCGGCGCGGGGGCAGCGGCGGCGGCGCCGCGGGAGGAGGCGGCAGCGGCCGCCGCGCUGGUGCAGGUCCAAAAAGACCUUCACAAGCUUAAAGAUAAAGUGAGAAAUGUCAGCUUGAAAGGAAAAAUAGAAGCUGUGGAUAUUAGCAACCUGGAAACAGCAAUUGAAAGAACUGAACUUGGACUGAGAAAACAUGCUGAAAAUUAUUUAAAUGCUAUAAACAGACAAGUGUUAACUAUUUCUUCUACUGAUAAAGGAGAACAUUCAAAACAGCUUCCUAAAUGGGAGCUUCCUUCUGGCGCUUCUCAGAAACGGCUUAUUUUGCCACGAGUACCUGUGGAACCCCUGACCAUCCAGGAAUGCAACAAAUCAGCACCACGUAUCUCUCAAGAUUCACAGCAGCAGCUGGAAAUGAAUGUGAAAAUUAUGCUUGACCCAGAGAACAUCAAUACUAAAGCUGUUUUCAAGCAGGACUGUGGGAUCAGGCUGCCACUUAUAACCAAGAAAAAACCUGCUCCAAUGUGUAAUCAGAAGAUAGUGAAGGGUUGUACAGUUAGCAACCUUUGGGUUUUGCCUGCCUCUCACCACAUGGAUUCUCCUUUACCCCUGUCAGAAGAUGAUAUAAAGAAAGGUAUUCUGAGCCUAACUGAAAGAAGGCUUAUCCCUCCAGCAGCAAAGAUAACCCUCCAGUCAUCUCCUGUUGUGUCUAAACCAGCUCCUCUCCAUGAAUUUCACAAACAGCACAGGAAGUCAGUUGCAGGAGAGAUUAGUAGAGUGGACCCUGAGAAUACAGCCAUUUUCACCUUUCCAAACUCAAAGGAAGUACUUGGUGACAGACGUUCCUCUAACAAAGAUUACACUGCACCAGCUCCAUCCAGCAACUCAGUGGUUUUGUCAAGGAAAUCACCACCGGUGUGGAGACAUCCAGCUCAGCGGCUGGAAUCUGAACUGCAGACUCCCUGUCAACCUCAGACCCCAAAAACGUCUCCAUGUCAGCUCUUACAGGAUCCAUGCUUUGAUUAUGAUAUUGCUGUUUGCAACGGCACUAUAGAUCGGGAAGACCCAGACUUUCUGGCCUUCAAGCAACAUUAUUGUUUAUCCUGGGGGAGCAUUGUCUUUUUCUUGGAACACACUGAGAAGCUUCUCAAGGACUAUGCUGUACCCGUGGCUACAAUAAACUGCAAGAAGUUGGCGGAAGUUGCAUCAGACUUUGAGCUUAAUGAGAAUCCCACCAAAAAUGACAUUCUCUCAGUGAUAAAGAAUCAGUCAGCUGUGAAAAAGAUCUUAAAUCAACCUGGCCAAAGAUACAAAGGCCAAGGUGGUAUUGAAAUGGCUGCUACAAAGAUCCAAGCAAUGUGGCGCUGUUAUUGGGCCAGAAAAGCCUAUGUCCAUUUCAGGCAGCAGCAGUGGGCAUCAGGUGUGAUUGCCAUUUCUUGGCUCUUGCAUAAUCACAUGGCACGUGUGAAAAAGACCCUGCAGGAAUCACGUCAGAGACACCUGGAGAAUUUUUACAUCAGGGCCAAGCAUCUGGCAGCCAACUGGAAUCGCAUCAGGACCUCCAGGAGGACUAUUAUCCAUAUCCCAUCAUUAGGGUAUUCCCAGUGCAUCCGUGAGCAUAUUCCUGAUCUUGCUCUUCAGCAGAAUUUGCAGAUGGGAAGGCUGUGCGACAUACUGGAUGCCAACGUGGACGUCAUCUACAUCUGCCCCCUUCAUCUGAGUGAGGAGUUACUGCAGUAUUACAAUAAACUCCUGGGUCUGCAGGCAGCUGUUAGAUCUGGGAACCCUGAGGACAUGGGUGACCUGCAGGACAGGUUCAAAAUUCUCACCCCUGAAGCUAUAAACAGCUUCCCUAGCCAUCACAUGUGCCUAGCCACGCAGCUGAAGUACAGUCCCAAGACGAUCAGAAAAAUAAAAAUUCUUAUCCAGAGCCGAGAUGCCUACAUUAUCGGAGGGGUACCCCACAAAGAUGACUUAGCAGUGGCUGACAUGUUAAACGUGCCUAUAUUAGGCUCAGUGCCAGAAGUGGCUCAUCUCUACAGUACCAAGUCUGGAAGUAAACGCAUCUUUGCCAGCGCUUGUGUGCCGACCCCUCCUGGAGAGUCCGACAUCUACAGCAAUGAACAGAUGAUUAAUAUUCUCAGUCAGCUGAUCAUCGACAACAUGGAAGUGCGGCGCUGGUUGUUCAAAGUGAACGAUGAAUCUGGAGGAAACGGCACUGCCUACUGUGACAUUAUCUUGCAUUUGAAAUGCUACCCCUGGCUUAAGAAGGAGCGGCAGAGAUACAGCCCGGAGAUAUGGAGUAGUAAGUGGGCCCAUGAGCCAGCUUUGGUGAAGAUCUCCCAGGAGCUGCCGGGCCUUUUAGCACAGCACGUACAGCCAGUCAAUGAGAAACGAUUCCCUACAUGGGAAAAAUUCCUCCAAACAUUUCUUAGUCAAGGUGGUGUGAUAGAAGCCUUCCCACUCUCCGAAAAUGUCACAAACCUUACAGUGGAUAUGCUGAUAGAGCCAACAGGAAAGAUAAAAAUAGUGUCAUCUGGAGACCAGCUCCAUGCUGACGGUCCUUUGCGAUCAUCUGGCACUACCAUUCCACAAUGUUCUGUUGAUCCAGCAGUUCUCAAUUCACUGUGCUUAAAAAUUGGAGAGACCUGUAAAUCUAAAGGAGUGCUUGGUUACUUUUCAGUUGACUUUGUGACUUUCAUCCAUCCACGAUCAAUGGAGCAGCAGGUGUGGGCAACAGACCUUGACCUUUGCUAUAGUGACCAGCUGGCCUUGACUCAGCUCAUGUUGUAUGUGACAGAUGGAAAUCUGGAUUGUGGCUCUAGCCUCUUUGAAGUAUCACUUGGUUCAAAGAAAAUGAAAAGCCAACAUAUUCAGCAUGAAGAGGCACAAACUCUUUCUCCAGUAAGCAACCGCUGUGCAGUAGCAAGCAGUCAGCUGAGGCACUCCAACCUCUCAGUAAUCUACUACAGUGUUCUCCUCCAGAUGUGUAAAGCUCAUGGUGUUGGAUAUGACCUCCAGGAAAAACAGGGAACAGUUUUUAUACUGUAUGAAGAUCAGAAGCGAUACAGAUUGGGAAUGUUAACAAUCGGAGAGGAUCUCCAGGGGGUCCUCAUGACCUUUGCUCGCAAUCUCUUCAUCAUCCAUCAAGAAAUAUCAGCACCUAAUAUGCAAGGCGAGACCAAUUUUAAGAUGGCAAUUCAAGAUAUUGAAGCAAUUCUAGGAAUUACAGCAGAAAACAAACUGAAAUCGGAAGAAGAGCAACCUUCUGAAGCAGAUGCUCUGAAAGAAUAGUUAACAGAAAACGUUUAAGUGCCAUAUUCUUUAUGCUUCUGGAAACGAACUCUCAUCUGUAAAAACAGGUUUGGUUUUCCUUUGUACUGUGAAUUAAUAUUAACUGAGACAGUAUAUUUCAAUGAUAUUUGCGUUUAAUGUUUAAUAGAAUAUCCCUUAUUUCACAAAAAGAAACUGGUGAAAAGCAGAGGAUCACAGUAAAUGUCCCUGAUAUUCAUAUUGUGAAACCUGAAGUACAAUAUCUGUUUUAAAAGUCUAAUUAAUAGAAUCAUAGCCUCUAAGACAGAGGAGACAAUCUACUCUGACCUGCAAAGCAUAGACCUUAUGAUUUUACCACGUGAUUCCUCCAUCAAGCCUGUAACAUAAAACUGAGCUUGUCAUAUUUACAUAAAGAUAGGUGACAAACAAGCCACUACAUUCCUAGUUAAUUCUCCCAUUGGUUAAUUAUCUUUACUGUUAAAGCAGUGCCUUAAACAUAGUCUGCAUUUGUUUACCUUCAACUUCCAGCAAUUGGAUCUUGUUAUGCUUUUGUCUGAGAAACUGAAGAAUUGGUUACUACAAAAUAACCCCUCUCUGUGGGAUAAAUCUUUCUGUUCCUCGAGGCAAAACUCCUGAGUCAGUUUUGGUUUGUUAACGUCCCUCUAGAAGUGUUGCUUCCAAACUUGAUAAAGUAUUCCAAUGAUUUUCUCACUGAUGUACUAGACAAUGAAAAUGCCACUUUCAUCUGUUUUUUAUGGCCUUGCAUAUACGUAGAGGGAUCACGCUGUCUUGUCACUAAAUCAUACUAGCAGAUCAUACUCAAUUGAAAAGGAUCCUGUGAUCCCAAACUCCCUUUCAAGCCUAUCCUCUUCUUUCCAACCUAGGAGUAUGUCCAGUAUUCUUGUUUCUAUAAAUAACACACUUACACGUGAUUGUAUCAGUGAGCCCAGCAAUCCAGACUCCUCUUUAGAACAGAUCGUCCUUUUUGUUAUCAUUCUGCUAUUUCUCGUUAUCUACAGACAGUUAUUUUAUGUUCACUUCCAAAUUAAUGAAAAUAACAUGAAUAGGAUUGCUUCAACAAUAGAUUCUGAGAAGAGCAUUAGAAUCAUACUGGUAUGUUGUGUUCCAGUAUACCAUGAUUUUGGGGGAUAUAUAUUUCCAUCAAAUAUAUUCUGUAUCUCAGGUAUAGCUGACUUUCUUUUACAGGAAUUGCUGUGUGCUGUUACAGUAGAGUCUUACGUCUGUUAUAUUUGUACAAUUAUCUUUAUCCAUCAAAUCUGUCAUCUCAUCCAAAAAUAUAACACAUUCUAAAUUGUACUGUAGAAGAGCUUACCUUUCUCCAUUGGCUGUAUAUAAUUGUCCAGAGUAUGGUAAGUAUCUUAAAGCUUACUUCCCAAAAAGCUCAAGCAAAAUCAGUUUUAAGACAAGUAAUGAACGUGACCAAGCAGUUACAGCAGAUCUGUGCCCUGCUUUUCUGAUGCCUGUGUCUUUGAUCUAUUAGCUUCGUAAGUAAUCUUUUGUGUUAGCCUUUUUUUUCUACUUUGGUUGCAGAGGUAAUUCAUUACAGAUGAGAAUGUUUACAUAAAUGCCAAUCUAUUCUUCAAAUAAAAAU